GUGCAGUGUAAGCAAUGUCAGUGUGCAGAGUCCAACGGCUCGACUGGCUCGUUUCGUGGGAGAUGAUUGUCAAAGUCUUUCGCUCCAAGUUCACACCAGAGACUGGUGUUCAGGGACCAUGCCCUCGGGGAAGACGGUCAAGCUCAUCCUGUAUGAGGUGCUGCAGUUUGCAGCCCUUAUCGUACCCAUCUUUGUCAUAAUGGAGAGAUUCGCCAGCCUCAUACGUGAUGUGAGAGGACGGGAUCUAACAGCCUACUGGCUAGUGGUGGCGGCCUCCAUCGCCUAUGUGACCUCUGUGACCCUGCUGGUGUGGGUUCCUCUGAAAUAUCUGAUCCUGAAGCGGCGGAGUUUUAUCUCAGAGAUCACACAGUGGAGACCGACAGCUUUGGCGUAUCUCAUCCUGUGUACACUACCCUGCUUUGCUAUUUUAAUAGCCAGCUCCAAGGUGCAGGUGGACAGAGGACACAAGUUGGACCAUUUCACAGAGUUGCCCGUUUCCUUGGUCCUUGUCUCCCUCAUCUGUGUGGAUAUCAUAGAAAGGAUUCGCCCCUGCAAGCUCAUCGGAAAAUCCAACAGCCUGGAUUCUGACUUUACCAUGCCAGGCCCCGUCCUCACCCACCUGGAACAGGUGACCACCGUAACAGGCCAGCUGCACACCGAUGAAGGCCAGAACGGUUUGACCCAAGGCCACCCAGAGGCCAGGAAUGGCGGCACCUCAGGCAGAUGGCAGGACCGCGCCGGCUCACCCAGCCACUCAACACCCAGCUCACGAGCACCCAGCGUCGCCUACCUGUACUCCUCAUCGUCACGUCCACGGUCCUACUCUGGUCCUCUGGGCUUCCUGUGGAGGAGCGACGGGAGGUCAGAGGUGUUUGUGGAUAGUUUCCUGUUCUGGCUAGACACUGUGGAGAUGGUGAGAGUGGCAGGAGAGCCGUCAGUCUUCUAUUCGGCCUGGGUGUUCCCCGUUUACAUCCUCGCCUUUAUUUCCACUCUCCGCAUGGUCAUCACUCCUCACAACCCUUUGUUGUCUUCUGCUGGAGCUGCUCUGCAGGACCUUCCUUUCUUUAUCCUCCGAGUCGCUCUGAUUGUUGUGUUUGGUUAUGUAACUCCUGUGUUGUACCCACUGAAAAAUGUGCUGGUGAGCCUGACUUUUAUCUACUUUACAUUCCUGACUAGGCUGAGGAUUUUCAGAAGGCAGAGCAUGUUUUGAGGAGGAGUGGCACAUUCUGUUGUUAAUGAAGGAUCCGCUUUGAUUACGGAUGGUUGAACAGUUGGUAUAUUUAUGUGUAGGGAGCAGCACCAGAGAAACAUGGAGCUGGUACUGAUGAUCAAGAACAACGUGCUUUGAAUUGUAAUGGCUCUAAAUGUGUUCUGGGGCCAUUCAUCCAAAUCAAAGUGUAAAAAUGAUUCUGUAGGUUGGAUUGUACGGUAAGACAGCUGUUUUCAUUUUUCUGUGACAUAUUAGAAACCAAAUGUAUUUAUUGAUACUUAAUUUUAUGUUUACCUGCUACAUUUUUUUUUUUAUCUGUUCCACAUUUGUUAACAAAAAGUGAAAACAUUUAUUGUAAACAAAAGCUUUUAAACCAUUUCAAACAACUGUAACUAUGUUAAAUAAAUAUCC